CCAUGGAACGACAGCAGCAGCAACAGCAGGAGUAUGUGGACCUGAGGCAGUACCAGGCCGACCAGCUCCGCACUACCGGCAGACCCCGUGUGGCGAGAGCGUUAUUAUAACAACCGCUACAGUAUCUCAGCUCAAGCAGCUGCAACAGCAACAGCUGCAACAACAACAUUUGCAUCACCAACAGCUGCACCAGCAGCAGUUGCAGCAACAACAGUUGCAGCAACAACAGUUGCAGCAACAGCAGUUGCAGCAACAGCAGCAACAACAGCAACAAUACCAAAAACAGCAGUUGCAACAACAGCAAGCGCAACAGUUCUUGCGGCAGAAACAGCAACAGCGGUCAUUUCAACAUCAAAAGUCAAUCAUGCAACAGACCGCCUAUGAUGCUAGUCAUUAUGGCUCUCCUGCACAGUUAGACGGGGAGUACGCCUCGCUACAAGAGGUGCGGGAUGCUAUGAUACGUAACGGCUCUAUACGGGACCCGAAGAUGAGGGAAGGUCCAGUGAGAGACGUACCUGUAGGUACGGUCCGUUACCGCUUUUCCACAGCUGCCCAGGCCAAGCAACAACCACAUAACCACAGUUCUCGCCCUGGACCAGUUAAGUCCUCGUCGCUCAUGACCUCCCAAGAGCUCCUCAACACACUCAAGAGGCAACUGGCACUGUCCUCUCCCACCCGCACUACUCGGAGCAAGAGCAUGGAGGCUGGGCGGGCAGCGGCGGCGCUCAGUGCCGAGAGUGGGCGUGAUGAGGCAGGAGGCAGGGAAGUGACUGACGAAGGAAUAACGGAUCGCCUCUCCCCUGCCCUCCUGGCCUUGGUGGCGGAGAAACGGGAGCGCCUCAAACGGUCUACAGGCGCCUUCUCAGGUAGCGGCGGGGGACGCGUGGCAGUGUUGCGCCAGGUCACCGCGCCACCAGCGAGAUGUUCGCUGGUGGGCCUAACGAGCGACAGUGAGUGUGAAGACAAGAAGAGUUCGGCGUCGUCCACUGGUGCAGCAGAGGUGGGUCGGCCCUUCCCCUCCGCCUCCCCGCAGUCCCAGGGCGCCGUGGUCAGUUCCCACGACUACAACAUGGAGCAGAGCAACGUGGCCCUUCUACGUGCUGAGCUCAAGAUUGUAACCACGGAUAGAGACAUCAUGAAGAAGGAGCUGAAGAAAGUGACUCGUGAGAGGGACGAGGCCCUAGGUAGAUUAUCUGUUGGUGGUCACCAUCCAGACCAGCCAGCCAACUAUGGAACUUUACCAAAGGGUGGAGGGUCCCUCAGUGACAAGGGUCUGCUGGGUUCCUCACGGGACUAUGAGAGCCUUAAGAUGCAGUGUGAAAAGGCCAUGGGGGAUGUACAGGGACUCCUCAAGCAAAAUGUGGAUAUCACCAGAAAGUAUGAAAAUACGAUGAAAGAGGUAGAUUACUACAGAAAACAAGAAAGAGCAGCUAUUACGGCACUCCAGAAUUUACGAAUGCAGUAUGAGGAGGUCGUAGCAGAAAAGCAGAAAUUGGAGCGUGAGGUCACAUCUUUGCAAACAAUUAUGGAAGAUGACCGUAAAGAAAUAGCUGACCUUCGACGGCAACAGCAGGUCAGCAACCUACUAAAGGUUAGAUUCCCGCUCAAAAGACAGGAGGCCAUUACACAGGAGGGCUCAGGAGAGGCCAUCAACCAGCUAUACAUGACCACCAUGCGUAAAUAUGAAGCCAUCAAAGAUGAGUAUGAUUCAAUCAGAAAGAGGUAUUCAGACUUAGUUGCCUCACAUUCCAACAACAUCUCCAAACUGGAACUUACACAGGAAGAGGUGUCUCGGUUGAAGAAACAGUAUGAUGAAAUUUUACGAGAAUGUAAUGAAGCCGUGCGGGAGAAGAACUGUCUUAAGCAGCAGUGUACCAAAGCUAUCACAGAGUGGGACUCUGCCCUCAGGGAGAAAAACAAACUACAAGAAGAACUGCUUAAGGUUCGUGAGAAGUAUGAUGAAAUGAUGAAGGAAAUGAACACCCAUCUAAUUCAGAGACAACAUCUUAAUAAAGAUUUAAAAAGAUUACAAGAAGAGAGAAAUGCAGCGAUGCAGGAAUACACACUGGUGAUGAGUGAACGUGACACUGUACACAAGGAGAUGGACAAGCUUCAGGAGGAACUAUCUCAGGCCAGUAAAAAGAUCAAGACAAUUGAACAAACUACUAAUGACUCAAGCAAAGAGCGGGAAUCCCUUCUACUACAAAUUGAAAUGCUGAAGCGGGAAAUAACUGCAUCUCUCCAAGACCGAGAUAAGGCUAUUAAGGAGUGUAACGACCUGCGGGAACGAUUUGGUGCCAAGGAGGACACUAACAAGAAAUGGGAGCAAUCAUAUAUGGACUAUGACAACUACAAGCAGGAAAGAGAUGUUACCUUGAAGGAAGGAACAGAUAUAGGCUCUAGUUCCCAUGAUAUGUAUUCCAAGGCUCAAAAGGAACGCCUAGACAAUUUAGAUCAAGCUAAUCAAGAAAUAGAUAGGUUACGAAAAACAAUAGAAAAAUUACAAAGUGAAUUACAAGAGGCUCAACAAGAGGCUGAAGUAUCUAAGCGGCGCCGUGACUGGGCCUUCAGUGAGCGCGACAAAAUUGUUCAAGAAAGAGAAUCCAUACGAGCCCACUGUGACAAAUUACGUCGUGAACGUGAUCGCGCUGUUUCAGAAUUAGCUGAAGCUCUCCGGGAUUCAGAUGACAUGAAGAAGCAGCGAAAUGAAACCUCAAAAGAACUCAAGGAACUGAAAGAAAGACUAGAAGCAGAGCAGGAGAAGGCAGCAGUGGUGCGACAGUUGGCAGCUCACAACCAUUCUCGUGACUCUGCAAUAGACACUGAUAUGCAGGAGUGGGAAAUAGAAACUCUCCAUUUACCUAUUGGUGUGGUGUCUGAGUCUGAUGUUGGCUUUGUUGUGGCUGGAGGCCGGGAUGAUCUACAUUAUGGGGGUAGCGAUGGAGCCAUUUACGUUACAAGUAUUGCCAAAGAUAGCCCUUUUGAAGGGAAACUCAGGGUACAUGACCAAAUAGUUAAAUUAAAUGGUGUAGAAUGCCUGGGCAAAGACCGUGGCAGUGUCUACGCUGCAGUGGCCAGUGGAGGUGGAUUGCUCCAAAUGACAGUCAGACGUAGAAGGAGCGGAGGUCGUAACCACACUGCCCACCUCCACUGCCCACACACUUCGCAUCAUGGACUAACUCUUCAUAGCGGAGUGUACAUAGCAAACAUUCUACCUGGGAGUCCGGCAGCCAGAGAGGGUAAUUUGGCUGUUGGGGAUAGGGUGCUCAAUAUAAAUGGCAAGCCUGUAGAUAACUUGGGUAGUUGUGAGGAAGCACAAUGUUUAUUAGAUUCAUCUGGAGAAGUAGUGCAGCUUACUACUCUCAAGUCUCAUGGGUCCUCAUCUCUCUCAGCACCACUCAGUUCUUCCUCCAGUGGUCACAAUAUUACAGAGGAUGAUAAGUCAACUUCAUCCUCAAGACCAUAUUCCUCACCAACUUCUCCUGCUAAAGAUUCUGGGAUUAGUCCAGGACGAACAGGAAGUCGGGAGCUUGUAAAGAAACUUAUUCCAGGAUCAGGUGGAUCACACAGUGAGGACACUAGUGGUAAAAGAUACGGAAGUAGUGAGAAGGUGGUGUACAAUGUUAACAAGGCUACUGGUGAUAAAGUAUCUGGGACAGGACCUCUAGAUCUCUUCAAAAAUAUGGUGAGACCUAGAAGACACAGCAAAGAGCGUGGAGAAGGUCGUUGUGAGAGUAGAGAUAAAGACGAAAAGAAGAAACACAUGACGUCUGUACUAGACCAUGAAACAGAAAGUGCAAUAGCCCAGUUAGAUUCUGUGAAUAAUUCAUAUCAUCACAAAAGUGGGAGUAAUGGAGGUACAAGUACAACUAAACGAUCCAAGAAGCGUGAAAAGGAGAAAUCAGGGGGGACGUGGCCUAAAUAUAGGGGUGGUGGUGUCAACACAUGGGAUGCUAACUCUGGAACUGUAAUGUACACACAACGAAGAAAAGAACGACCACCAUUAUCAGUUUUUUUACCUUCUCCUAGCACUUCGCCAUAUAUACGUGAAGAAAAAUCUUACGAAUCUUAUCACCAUGAAAAGCACCUAAGUUCUAGAUCUAGUUCAAGUCCUCGGGCCACGCCAACCAGCCCACGCACUCAACAGUUCUCUCUUUAUAAAAAUCUUGAUGGUGGUGGUGGAAAAGUUUGUUCUUAUAGCAGUGCAGGGCAAGUUUUUUCCAGUCCACAGUCUUCUAGUAGUGUGUAUCCCAGUCAGGAUGUAUACUCCCUUGGUGGACCCCGAAAUCCCUCGGUGGACAGAAAGAAUGAAGAUUCUGAAAGAGGAGAUCGUUUAAGCUCCCUCACACCCUCAGAUACAUCCCUGGACUUCUCUGUAAGAUCAGGAAAUGUAGGAAAGGAAGAACUGGAGUAUUAUGUAAAAAAGAAUAUAAUAAAAUAUCCCCAGAGUGACAGUGAGAGCAAUAUGAGCCCCAUUGAUCCCAACCCACCUCAGUCAUUAAGUUUACCUCCUGGUUAUGGAACAAGGCCAUCUCCCCUCCAUCAUGGAGGAGACCGUACACCUUCACAUUCUCGCAUUCCUCAUCCGCACGCUGGACUGUAUUCUCCACCUACUCCAUCCUUGAAAUCACCCCCAGCUUUUGCUCCAUGUCCACCAAUCUCCCAUUUCUCACUGACACAUACACAUGCAUAUCCGCACAGCACAAUUGGUUCCUCUAUAGCUACAGUAUCACCACGUUACUCAUCACCACCCACGUUACAUUUAGGUCCUUCAAAUUUUCUUCCAUCUUCUAGAAGUGGAGACAGUAUUCUCUCCUCCCCUGGUCCAGAUCGUGAUAGAGAUAUACGAGUAUAUUAUGAAAGUCGACAGGCAUCAUCACCUACCCCUCUUGGGAUGAUUGGAACAGUUGGUAGUGGUGUGUUUUACCACUCGCCAUCACCAUCCUUGGAACUUCCUGGACACCAUAAACCUCGUACACUUCAUCUUCAUCCUUAUCGGUCACCAUCAGAUGAACCACCUCCGCUAUUACACCAUUCCUGCCCACCAUCUUAUAUUGACUAUCAGCGCUCUGUGGGCACUAUGCCUCGCAAGGAGGAUGAGCGUAUCAGAAUACCAAGUAAUGCAAGCGUAGCUAGCAAAAGCAGUGGAGGUAAAGGCAGCAGUGUUGAGAGGACUUCAGAACGUGGCUCCCCCAUGCCUUCCAGUUACUCCGUAGAGAUGGUUGGUGGUGGAGGAGGAACAAGCAGAGGACCACAGCACAUCACCCACAUCACUCACUCAGUGCACAGUCCACACUAUCAAGAUUAUAUUUGGCAGAGAAACAGACCAAACCCUGGAGACCUAAGAAACAUAUACAUUGAGAAGUCUUCAGAACCAUUAGGGAUUCAGAUCCGUUGCCUGGAGAAUGGAGGGGUAUAUGUCUCCUCCGUCACUGUUAACUCCCUAGCAUCGCAGGUGGGGCUAUGUGUUGGAGAUCAGCUUCUAGAAGUAUGUGGCAUCAACAUGAGGUCAGCCUCCAAGCAAUCAGCCUCAAUGGUGCUAUCACAGUGUGGCACAUCAGUCACUAUGUUGGUGCAGUACAACCCUGAGAAAUAUCGUGAAGCUGAAGGGUGGGAAGGCAGCAGCAGUGGCAGUAGUGUUGAGGGAUCACGUUCUGGGACACCAACCCCACGCAACUCCCCUAAACCAACUUCCCAUGAAGCCCCUCGUUCUGUUGAUGAUGAUGAUGACCUGCCUCACUCAACUACAUCCACCUUGAGAGGACCUCUAGAUCUUCGUGAUACUUUGGAGCAUUCCCUAGAUCAUUCCUUGCCCCCCUCGGCACGAUCAACACUUACUCGUCCAGAAAUUACACACGUCAUGAAUACCCUGAAGAGACAAGAAACUUUUUCCAGGCGCAGUGAGAAUGGUGGUGGAGGCAGCAGUAUUGGUGGUAAUAGUGGAGGUGGCAACAACUCUGGAGGAGGCGGUGGUGGUAGUGGUGGCAGUGUGGGAAACACUACUGGUGAACCAAGGAUUGUGUACUCAGAGCUCAACAAGUCCCAUAACCUGGGUAUGAAGAUGGUUGGUGGUAAUGCCUUGGGCAUCUUUGUCCAUUCAGUUCCUCCAGACUCCCCUGCAGCCAAAGCUGGCCUCAGACCUGGUGACCACAUCUUGGAGUACAAUGGUGUAGAUCUCCGCCAUGCUACAGCAGAACAAGCUGCCUUUGAGCUGGCCAAACCAGCAGAUAAAGUUACCAUGCUGGUGCAGUACAAUUACCAAAGAUAUGAAGAAAUUCAGGACCAACCUGGAGACAGUUUUUAUAUCCGAGCUUUAUUUGACCGAUUGGGAGAUGUAGGUGAUUCCCCUGAUCUAAGAUUUCACAAAGAGGACAUUUUGUAUGUAGACAACACCAUGUUCAACAAUGUUCCGGGUCUGUGGCGUGCCUGGGUUGUGGAUGAAGAUGGACACAAAACACAGUGUGGUACGGUGCCCAGCAAAGAUAAAGUGGAAGAAGAGAUGCGUCUUCAACGUAGUGUCGGUGACCUACAGAUGGACUCUAGUCGUCGCGGAUCAACAUCAGCGAGACGAUCUUUCUUCAAGCGCAAGAAACAUUCCCGAUCGUCUUCUAGGGACUCUAAAGAACUUGCAAGCUUUUCUGAUGCUUCCUUAAAUUCUUACACUGAGACUGCACCCAUGCAUGAUGAACCCUCUCCACACUCUUAUAUUAGAGUGGAACGACUUGACUAUCUGGUGCGACGCCCUGUGGUAAUGGUAGGACCCUUGUGGGAGCUUGCGUGUGACAAGUUGGUGCAUGAUUAUCCUCAUAACUUUACGAGAUGUGUGCCAGAGGUGAGCCGGCUCUCAAGUGCAGAAAUGGAAGCAGCUGUCCAAAAGAACUUGAUAGUUGAUUACAGACGCCGUGGCUCACAUUUUGAAGCAACUACUGUUAGUCAAGUCAAGGAAAUCUGUGACAAGAGUUGUCAUGGCAUAUUGGACAUCAGUCUUGGUUCUGUGGAGCGUCUACAUAGACACAACAUAUACCCAAUAGUAUUGUUACUGAAGUUCAGACACCACAAGCAAAUUCGUGAAGUUUGUGAACAUCAUCCUUCUGCUGAAAGGAUCUCCCAGAAAGAAGCCAAAGAAAUGUAUGAACUUGCUGCCAAAAUGGAACAAGAAUAUAAACAUGUCAUUUCAGCUGUGAUUCCUGCUGCUGUCAGCAUGCCAUAUAUAAGUACACAAGUAAAGUCAUGUGUGGACCAAGAACAGUCUAAAACACUCUGGGUCCCAUCAGGAAGCCUCUGAAAUGUAAGGAUAAACACCAAAAUCAGGUUUUAAUAAUUCCACACAAGACCAAAAUUAAUAUUAAAAUUGACAUGUUAUCCUAACCUGAUUUUGGUGAUAUACAUUUACUUGUUCGGAGGGAAUGAGUGUUAACUUCUCCGGCUAUAUCCACUGCUACUUUUCCUUACACUGAAAAUUCCAAAAUACAAAGUUUUGAUUUGCCUAAAGAAAAACAAUUAUUUUAGGCUUAAUUAAGCUGGAUAUAGAUUUAUUUUUAUUGUUAUAAUAUAUAAUUCAUAUAUUUUGUUAUUGGACCAAGCUCAAGAAGUACAAAUAUCACCUAGCAUGGUUAUAUUUGAGCUAAGGAUUGUAUUUAGGAAGCUGUCUUAUAUUGUUCAAAAACUGCAAAUUAUUAAUAAAUCUUUUAGAAAGGUUGUCCAAGAUUCAAAGUCUAAAAUAUCUUGUAAAUGAAGAACAAGGUUUAGCAAUUUUGCAGCCUGAAUGACAGGUGUCUUCCCCCAUACCAAAGAGGCUUUAAGGCAAUGGAGAUGGGCAGCUAGUGAAGGAGAAAAAGCUAUAGUAUUAAAGUAGCCUACUGCUCUGCUCUGACAGCUUGUCAUUUUGACAAUAUUCCUUCUCACUUGUGCCUUAAUGGAGCUGGUGAGUGGCCUGUGUUUGUUCUAGUAUCAAUAAAUGGGGAGUGGAGGUGCACAUGUUGCUGGCUUGAUGUUGGCCUCUCCUGAUCUCAGGUAAUGAAAUUAGGCCUGGUUCUUAUUUAACAUUGUGAAGGGUAACAAGUCAUUAUGUGACAAUCUACCAGAAGCUUUAUUUUAACAUAAGGAGUCCCCAUCUACCAAACCUAUGUAAAACACUUCACUAAUUUGGUAAAGCUCAAGCAAAUGCAAGUAGUUUUUAACUGCUUAUGGUGCAUCAACAUUCAAAUUGAAAUGAAGUGUUUAAAGCUGUGAUUUCAUGGUCACUGGUAUUGAAGAAACCCUUGUGUCUUCCUUGUAUAGUAUUUGAAAGUCACAUUUAAGUUACCUAAAAGUGUUUUGGAUGUAUUCACACUCAAGUUCCACUUGAUUUGUCAACUUCCAUUCUGGUGCAUCAAUAGGAGUUACUUAAUAUAGCUUUGUGUAAUAUCUUUUUCCAUAGUAUUUUUUAAAGAAGUCUUCAGAUUCUAUGUAAACUAUUUAUUUCAUGUGUACAUUCAGAUUUAGAAAAAAUAGUAUACCUUAUUAUAUAUAUAUAUUAUAUAUAUAAACAUAUAUAAUGUAUAGGCUCUAACCUAUGAUGUUAUGUGUUCACCAGAACUUGUGAAUUUGAUGUAUGCCUGAUGAUGAUGAUUAUUUUAUUUAUGAAUAUGUUCUUUUUAAUAAAUCCAGCAAAUCUCUAAUCAGACUUCAUGGGGAAGACCCAUUCCUGUCUUUCAUACUUUCAUAUUGUUACUCUGCUUUUUUGUACAAGAAAACUUUCCAUGUUAUAGUUGGGCUGCAUUUGCUCAACUUCUUGUCCUAAAGCCUGUUUAUGCUGAAGUUUUUGGAACUUUCCUUUCACAAGAAGCAUAUUGCCUGGAUUACAACGAUUUUACAUAGAUAUAUUGUGUUGUUAAUGAGGCUUACUAGGAGUGGGUUAUAUUUUGUAUGUACAAUAUGUUAAAGCCUUGUAUAUUACUGUAAUAUAUCUGAAGAUGUAAUUAAGGUGACUAUAUAUUAUGUUUACCUCUACUUUAUACAAAACUUUACUGUGAGCAAUAACAGUGGAGAGGAAGCUGUAUAAAUGUUUCUUAGUAAAAUAAAAUUUUUU